GUAUCUGAAGUGUCUAUCCAACUGUAUUCACUGGUCCAUUGGGAGGAUCCAAUGGACAUGAAUUUGUCACCCCAGGGCGGCCCUCCAAAGUCUGGAGUACCUUCCAGCACCAAGGAGGGGACUCUGCAGUACCGAGCUGGAACCACCUAUCUGGGCAAAGAGCUGUGGAAAAGCUGCUACCUUGUCCUCAGCAAUGGGAUUCUGUACCUGUAUGCAGCAAGAUCUGAUGUGACACCUCUGCAGUCAGUCACUAUGGGAGGAGAGCACUGUGGAGGCUGCCGUCGCUCAAACAGCACAGAGCGUCCCCAUGCCUUUCAAGUCAUCCUGACAGAGCGGCCUCCGCUGGAGCUCAGUGCCAAUGAUGAGCAGGACAUGGCUGACUGGAUGCAGCUGCUCUGCCAGUCCGUCUCCAAAGGGGUCAUCCCUCAGGGUGUGGCCCCCACUCCAUGUAUCCCCUGUUGCCUGGUGAUGACCGACGAGAAGCUGCUUACUUGCCAUCAGGACUGUCAGACCAGCUUCUUCCGUUCGUUGGGCAGUGCAGACAUCUGCGACAUCACUGCUGUCAGCCUGGAGGCCGACAAGGAGUACUGUGUCAUUGAGUUUGCAGCAGAUCGGACACAGUUCCUUCCUCCAUGGGUCUUGUACUUUAGCGGGUAUGGAGAGAGACAUCGACUGCUGGAAGCAUUAAACAACACAUGGAAGGCCAUUUACCAGGUUGACCUUCCCCACAGAGAUGUGUCAGAUCCGUCUGUGCAGAAGCGUUGUGGUGAGGCACUCGCCCUGAUGAGCAGCGCCUGGCAGAGGGCAGACAGUCUGGCGCGAGGCAGAGCCCAGCGUGAACCCUGGUGCUGACGAACGCACACAUACACUUACCUGUGGGUAACCACGGAGACAGACUGAUAGUUUAACAGUCUGAUAUAAGUCUAGGAUAGAUUUAACUCUUACAUUACAGUCUGUGUCACUGCAAACUGUUCUGUGUUCUGAAAGACUGAGAGAAACCAAUUCGGUGUGGUUAUUGGUUGCUUAAGCUUGCGAUGCACCACUGAUUGACUGAUGAAAUGUUUCUAUCAGAGAAACUUCCUGCAGAAGAAGCAAUGUAUAUGGCACAUCGCAUCGCAAUGAUGCAACAGUAAGACGUUGAAAUGAAAUUAUGAAAUGAAAUUAUAUGAACGAGCCUCUGGCAGUCCAUUACAACAGGUUUGAUUUGAUGCUGGUAAUACAUUUCCGUAAUUCCUUUAUUUGAAGUUUUUCCGAGAUAACAGCAGUGCAGCACAAAUCUGCUGAAUCAAGGAACAGUCUCGUGUCACAUGAUGUGAUAUUUUUUUACUCUCUGGAUGGAAAAAGCUCUGUAGGAAAUGGUAAAGGAUUUUUUGAUGGAUAAGUGGACAACGCACAUACACUAGUUGUGUCAUGGGGGGGGG